AUGCCGCCACUGUGGUUCUUGCGAUAUGCAUACUUCAUUCAAUCAGUCAAAGAUGAUAAAUUACAAGCAAGUCAGGCUGAGAUGAACUUGGAAUCGUAUGUUAAAACAUGUUGGCAUUUGAAAGAAAAGAAACAAUUGCAUUUAAUGGAAUUUCAAUAUGCGCCGAUCAAUCAAACGUUUUCUACAAUUCAAGCAAUAAAUAGUACAUGUGAUCAAGAGGAGAAUAUGGAUUGGUGUGCUGAUGGUCGGUGUUUGAUGAAGCAAAUGCCUGAUGAGGUGUUAGAACAAGUUAUCGUACUUAGUAGUAUUUGCUUUCGUUGGAUGAUUACUGGUAACUUGGGUCUUGAUCAACUGAUUACAUAUUUCAUUUCGACGGCUUCCGAUAUUGUCGAUUUCGCGUCAACAAUGGUUGGACAAAGCGAACAGCUGAUUCAAAAUAAAAAUAGGAAUGUCAUGAAAGCUAUUAUUGCUGCUUAUUUCAUAUCUUUGUCACAAUUCAGUGUAAACUUAUCUGGUAAACGAAAACAUGACCAUCGAUAUGACAUUAUUAAGUGGUCGAAAGCCACUAUUCGUGAACGAUUAGCUAUCGUUAUUGAUUUUGUGUUCGGUACUGAACUAUGGGGUAUUUUAACACAAAUGGCAACCGAGGAUGGGCUUCUACUCUGUUUACGUAUUGUUGUCGUCAUCAGAUUCGAUGCAAGUACAUUGGAAAAUCUGUUUUUCGUCAUGAAGAACAUACUGACAAUUGCAAUCUUCACAUAUUACGCAGCUGCGAUCUCGGAUUGUUAUAUUCGACACCGCUAUCGUUAUCAACGAUAUUUUAAAAAACAACAAGCAAUUCUAUUUCGCGAUAGUCUCAGCAUAGAACCGAUCACGAGAUAA